AUGGAUGACACAAACCUCCACGCUCCGCAGGCGGAUUUCAAUCUCCUGAGCCAAAGUUUUGGUUCUGCUGUCGACGGUCUUCGUUCCACUGCUGAUGCUUUUCGUUCUGCUUCCAAUGAAAUCAAGAAAGUACAAAAUCUCCCUGCAAUCGCCAGCAGCGAAAGAAUUCUAGCCGAGCUUCAGGAAAUGAGACAGGAAUUCAGAGACCAAGUCACUCGUCUUGAUCAGAACCUCACAGCUACCCGACAGGAUCUUAUUACUGUAAUGACCACAAGGGAUUACAACAAUACGGCUCGGGUCCAGAACUCCUAUCUUUCGAGUCCAUCGGAUCAUCUUUCGCCUCUCCUCAACCCAUUGACCGGCUCUGCUAUUCCUGGAUUUCCUACUACACCCACAGACAUUGGACGGAUGGGAGAGCAUGAUGUGAAUACCAUUUUACAGGAGCCGGAUCUUCAAACUGCUAUUGCUGCUACAAGUCUCGCAUCGAAGAAGAGACAACUGAGGAUGCAUAUCGGCUGA